CCUGCUUGACCUGGGAAUCUCAGCAGCGACUGUCCUUUCUGUGCGACGUCACAGCGGGGGGGAAUCCAUUGUGACCUCACAAAGCCGCUGGGUGUUGCAAAGGCGGUUGCUAAGAUACGGAGCGUUGGAAUCCCGUUAGCGUUCUGCCGCGUCUUCUCCCGCGGACUCCGGAGUGAUAACCCCGGCCGGGGACUGGAGGAGGAGGAGGAGGAGGAGGAGGGGGAGCGGGCAGGUGGGUCUCCAGUGGCCGCUCGGACAGAGCUAGAGGCAAGAAAGGCUUCUCCUGUCAUCAGGGCGACAGGUGGUGUUUCACCGAAGAGCUCCGAGACCUCCGCGCGCGCGCACAAUUAGUCAAUAGCUUAUAUUUUUUUAUUAUGUCGCAGAGUCAUAGUCUUAUUCGCAAUCUAUAUUUUUUUUAGCUGAAAUUGCUUUUUUUUAAAAAUAUAAAUUUUGACAUAGGUCCAUCUAUUUAUCUACUGUAAACGUGUAUUUUUCUAAGUCAGCCAACGUUAAGGCCCAAAGGUUAUUUUUUUUUUAAAAAUCGCCUAAAGUUUAUUUUUGAAAAAGAAAUGCCCAACGUUUUCGAAACUGAAGCCGAGAAGAAGCCAGCGGCCUGUGGCGAUCCUGCGGCACUGAGCAGCAGACCGUCCCUCGACUCGCCAGGAGUUUCCAGAUCUCUAGGAAGGGCUCGUGGACAUUUUUCAUCUACUGACCAUCGGUCUUGUCAGUCAAGUCUGCAUGCCUCAGAAGCUGGAAAAACACAAUUUACAUUGUGUAACUAUAUUUCUGAUAGCAGAAGACCAAGCAAAAACUUAGAGAAAUUGAGGAAAGAACUAGAAAGACAGACAAAAGAAACCAAGAUACUUCAGGAAGAAGUAGAGCUUGCUACCAAAUUAACAAUGGACAAAUUCAACUGGAAUUUCAGUGAGGAUGGAUGUUCCGAUCACAAUGAGUUCUCAACUAGCCCUAAUGACAAGGCAGAACCAGGCAGUUCUUUUACAACAAGCUUCACAAAUGUGAAAUCUCCUUUGCGUAGUUCAAUGCUUCAGGCUUCUAUCUCAAAAGCCCAUCGUAACAAAUCACCACAGACUACUAAAUAUGACCUGGAUUUGGUUGUAUCCAGAAAGAACCCCCUGUUCUCUGGACCGCCAUGUGUGGAGAGGUCAAUGGAUGACUGUGCACACGAGAGUCUUCAAUAUCAUGAACAGCCAAGGUGUAAUAUUAGACAAUCUGUGGUAGAUUUGCAAUGUAAAUUACAGGAAUUACAAGCAGAAAGAGAUAACCUGAUGAAUCUGAGGUUUAAAGAAAGUCAGGACCAGGGAGAAUUGAUAUGCAAGCUACACAACACAGUGCAAGACCUUGAAACAGUUAAUCGAAUGCAAGAUGAUACUGUUCGAGAUGCAAACACUCAAAUUGAGCAACUGAGGAAAAAGAUACAUAUUUAUGAUGCUGUGCUAAACGAUAUCCAUCAAGCACUGUUGCAUUAUGAGGAGCGCACUGGCAAGAAAAUAUAUGAACACAAAAAUCUCUCUUGCCUUCAUUUCCAGAAUAUGGGCACAGCAGUGGAUAAAAUUCUGAGAGAUGCAGAUGCUGACAUUUCCUACCUCAAAGGAAGACUUGGACCAAUGGAAGAACAGCUGGCAAACCUGAAAACUGAAGCUCAAAACCAACCUGAAGCUUUGCUUAAGUCACAAGAAGAGCGAAUAGAACAGCUGAAUCAUGAACAUGAGGAAGAAUUGUCAACACUAACUGAAAAAGUAAACAGUUCUCGCAGCUUUACCACAAGUUUCCAGAACCAAGUGGAGGCUAUACAAGACCAGGCCAAGAAUCAGAGCACAAUGUACUCACGGCAGCUUACAGAAUUGGAGACCACAGUCUGCCAACUGCGAUCUGAAUUACGAGAAGCAAAAAGGAUGUAUGAAGAAAAGAUAGAGAACUUGGAAAAACAAGUAGAGCAAUCUAAUUGCGAGAUUUACAAUUGCAAAAGAGAAAAAAAUGAAUUCAGGCAACAGGUAGAAAGCACAAAUGGUCGACUCCAACUUUUAAUGGCUGACUAUUGUAAACUUGAAGAGGACCUCAAAGUUGCAAAAGAACAAAACCAGAAGCUGUGGGAACGUGGUGCAAGUAAUAGUCUCUCUGUUGAAAACUUGGAGCGGGAAUUGGAGUGCAAAAAUCAAGAAAUUCUGCGGCUAGAUGGUAUGAUAAACUCUUUGAAGGAGCAGUACCAGCAUCAGUUGCAGUGUCAGGCAUCAUUAGAGGAACAAAGAAAUGAAGACCAAGAGAAAAUCAGGAACUUAGUCAAACAGUAUGAGAACUGUAAGGAACAACUUUGUAAAACUGGAGAGGAGCUUAAUAAGACGAAACAGCAACUUGACCAAACAGAAAUAAUCAUCUGCCAGUUGGGGGAGAAAAUAAAAGAAAAGGACAGAUGUCUGGAAAAUGAAAUCGCGGAAAAAGGUAAACUGCAGCAUGAAAUUGAUGAAAAGUGCCAAAAGAUUCAUAGGAUGAAAAUAGCAGAGGAGACCAUUUGUGAUCAAUUUGAAGAAGCGGUUACCCACUUAAAGAAAAUGCAGUGUGAUAAUGAUUCACUGAAAAUGGAGUUGAAUGAGAAAAACAAGAUGCUUGCCACUUUGCGACAAGAAAUGGAAAGCAUUUCUGAAAUGGCAUCACAACAGAGUUGUGCAUCUGAGGCACUAGAGCGUGAAAGAAAACAACUUCAGUCCGAUAUAGAUUGUCAAAACCAGAAGAUUCAAGAGUUAAAGACUGAAUUGGAUCACAAAGAAUCACAAAUGCAAGAACUAAAGGCACAUCUCUCUGAGUUGGAAAAGGAGAAAAUUAAGUUAGUAAAUUCUGCAACUCAGCAAAUGUCUGAAUUGAGAGAUUUGUUACAGGAAAAGGAAGUGCUUGCAAAUGAAUUAAAUCUCAUCCAGAAUCAAAUGGCUGAAUUGAAAGAGGAGUAUGAAAACUUGCAGAGGACCUACACAUGCAAAACUGAAGAGUAUGACUGGGCUACAAACAAACUUAAAGCUCAGCUGAAAUCAACCCAAACUGAUCUUGAGCAAACCAGGGAGGCGAUGAAAGUACUCGAAGGAGCAGAUACCCAUGCAAUGAAAGUUGCCGUGGGAAUGCAAAAGCAGAUCACAGCCAAGCGUGGGCAAAUUGAUGCACUUCAGAGCAAGAUCCAGUACCUAGAAGAAGCUUUAGAGAAUUCUGAAAGGGAGAAAUGCUACCUAAAGGAAGAGAAGGUUCGCCUAACUAAAGAACUUGCCUGUAUUCUAUCGGAAAGAAAUAAAAUUGCUGGAGAGCUUGAUAGUCUUAAAUCUCAAGAAAAAUGUUUGAAGGAAAAGCUGGUUAGACUGGAGUCAGCAUUAGAAAAGGCCUGCCUUAGGUUUUCUGAUUGUCAGUCAGUUAUUCAGCGACAGGAACAGGACUUCAUGCGCUUAAAGCUGCAGCACGCCUUGGAAGUAAAGGAGCUACAAGGUCCAGGUUUUAAUACUGGUCAAUGUUCAAAUACUCGAGUCUAUUCCCCUCCAGUAUGUGUUAAUCCAACAUCUUCCCGGCCAUCAGCAGGAUACCUCUCUUCUGCUGUGUCCAGGAGCAGCUGUCUUCAAGAGGACUUGAACCCUGAUUUAAAAAAUCUUCUAAUGGAUCUUAAGAGUUCAGCCUGUGAUGGGUGUAACAGAUCAACCAGCAUAAAUUACACUGAAUGUGAAGGAGAAAGAGCAUCGAGGAAUAUGCAUGCAGUGGAUGACUUGAAUACAGAAAUUUGUAUGGAAAGAGGAACACACGAUACCUGCUUCAGGGAUCGAUUAUGCACUCAGGAUGCAAAAGAAACCUUCAAACCUGACCAUUUUUCUUGCACUGCAAACCACUCAUCACAGAUGAGUGGUCCGUGCUACACCUCCUCCCCCAAGCAUCAGAGUCCAGAAAGAUCACCGGUAUCUUCCUUGCUAACAGGCUCACUGUGUGAAUACAGAAGGGAAAAUACAGCUGUUAAUGACCUUUGCUCUUCAAGGACCAGCUACAUGUCAUCACCAUAUUCAGAAAAUGAACUUCACUUCCAUAACAAUACUGACCAGAUGGAUGUCGCAGGACAGGCCUGCAAGAAACUGCAGAACAAGCUGGACGGUCUGCAAAACUUGGUGGAAGAUCUUCAGCUGAAGAAUCAUGAAAUGUCCUCCAUGAUCAGAAACCAGGAGAAGAGGAUAAAGAGAGUAAAAGACAGAGAGAAAAUGCUAAAGAAGUGAAGUCCAUGGUUUUGCAUUUUAUUCUUUUGACUUGCUGCAGUACACAAAAUAAAACCUGCUGCUAUUUAAUACC